AUGACGACCUCGAAACCAGACCGACCACCUAGCCUCUCGAAGCCCGAGCUCGUCAAGAGGCUGCACGGCAUCGCCUCGCACUUCUACAGCAAGCCCGAGACCGCAGACGUGACCAUCAUCGUCCCCGUGCCCAUUGCGGCUCUUCCACGGAGCGGAAGGUCGUCUCCGAGCAGCAUUCCGGCCUCCCCGACCUUUGCAUUUGCUCGCCGAAGCGCUGUGCCGCUCUCUUCGCUUCUCAACGCCAGCUCGAGCAGCAGCAGCGCCAGCCAUUCCAUUAGCCAUUCGUCGUCUCACCGCCUUCGGAGCGAAGGGACACCGUCACAAUCGAGCUCCAGCGGUGUCUCCUCGUCUGCGCCCAGCUCAACAGUCUCCUGCGCCUCGUCGGUGCCAACGACGCCAGACGUGUUCGAGCCGCAGUAUACGGCAUCGACCACGCCGUCAUCACCGUCGUUGACCGGCUCACUGCUCGCUAUUCCUCGCUCUUGCUCGGCAGGAGUGCGACGCUGCAGCGAACCCGGCGUACAGAUGGCCGCACCCAUACCGGCGACGCGGAGCGCCCUCAGCGUACCGCAUUCGGCCAGGCUCGAAGCCGAAGGUCGCGCGACCCGUGCGAUGUCGUCCGCGAGCGAGGAGAAGCGUCACCUUGCGUUCCGCGUCCACCGCGACUACCUCGUCGCUCAGUCGACACUUUUCGAGUCGCUCUUCGAUGAGGCCGGUCCGAGUCGCGAGGCGGUAGGGUCGCCCACAUCGUCGCGUCAAGAGGAGACCGCGCCUGAGGUUGCAGCGGACACUUCGACCUCGUUGCUCAACUCCCCGAGCCGCCGACGAUCCUCGAUCUGGUCACCUUCUCGCGACAACCGGCCGCGCUUCCUGCCCAAGGGUUCGACCAAGGCAAGGGCCCUCUAUCUGCCGUUGCCGGAUCCCUCGAGCUUCCCGGCGGUGCUGCACUACCUCUACCACGGCGACUUUGGGGCGCUUGCGCGGAUGAUGGAGGCAGGCGAGGCGAGGUGGGACGGGCUGAUGGUCAAUGCCGACUACCUCGGCCUCGACGCGCGCCUGCGCGAGGAUCUGGGCGUUUGGUGGGCGCAGCGGCGCAGACGUCUGGCCGAGCCCGCAAGACAGCCUAUGCCAUGCCCGCGCGCGAGCAUGGCGUUGCAGGGCUUCCGCUUCGAGGCGGGUGCGAGUUCCUGUGCCGGUGGCGGUGGCGGCGGCGAUGCGGCAAGAUCGAUGUCGAGGCCCAAUGGUGAUGCCAAGCGGUCGCGCGACUUGGACGCCGAGUGCCUGAGUCCUCGUACCGUGCUCAGCCCGCUGAGCAGCGAAGGACUCAGCAGACGCAGAUCUUCGAACCUGGCAGCGGCGACCCACGCGGCGUGCGACGCCGACGAGGAUCAAGACGACCGACGGCGAUUUGCGGCCGGUCCGCACGAUGCUGCCCCCCAGCCAGCCAGGCCUGCCACUGGCCGCGGCGGCGAUGACGGAGCUGGGGAUCAGGCGGAUCCAAAGGUGGUCGCGAGAGGCCGGACGAGGGCGUUUACGUUGCUGCUCAACAACCUGACCGAGAGGCGCAACGAGCUGGCCGCUCGACCACCCGGUCGACUGCGCAGCCAGACGAUCGGGGAACGAGGACCUGCCGCUGCGGCGCCAGGACGGGAGCUCCCUCCGCUGUUGUGA